CUACUUUUGGAUCAUAGGAAGGCUAUAAUCGGCCAGCGAGGAAAAUUGCUCUGUCAACUAUCAGAGCUUUCGAUCAACGCCCCCGACUCUUCCUUCAACGAAUCAUCGACUGUUGUUGGCACAGACGACAGUGAAAGUUCUAUAACCUUAGAGCUCUGCAAAUCUGGGAAUCAUUCUAGUGAAGAUGUAUCGAAUAAAGUGGAUUCCAUUCGUCAGGAAUUAGGGGAUCUACCUCAGAUGGCUUAG